AUGAGUCUAACUUGCUAAUCUCUAACCAAUAGAACCAAUAAACCAUAAGAACACUUUAAUAAAAGCUUCAUUAAAAUCCAACCCAUAAAACUAUUGUCUUAAUAGAAUAGCAUCAGUUGCAGACAAUCCAUAGUAUCUGUGAGUGAUAGUUAAGUGAGUGCAGAAGAAGAAUUCGAGAUAUGGGAUGAUAAUUAAGAUCUCAGAGUAAAGAAAAUAGUACUCGACGACAAACAAUCUUCUCUUGGCCAGUUUUUGCAGCUUUACAAAGCCAGAUAUGGGUAUUAUUCUGUAACUAUUUAAGUGGAUUUCCUGGUUAUAGACAACAUAUUGAAAAUGAGGAUGUUAUAAAAACAGCUAUUAGUUAUGCAUCGUCAAGUAAAAAACUCUUCAAAAAAUAUUUCCCAACUAAGUAAAUUGUAUUCGAAGAUCAAAAUGAUUAUUCCUAACCUUAUAAGAUAGAGGAUGAUCAGCAUUUUUAAAAAUUCAAUAGGUUCUUUAGAAACAAGAAAUUGUUAACCUCACUGAAGACAUCCUAACACUUAAUGAAAAAAACAUUAUGUUCCUGA